AUGCCCAAGCCGGUAACCAAGAAGCACGUGACUCCUCAGGAGAUCGUGGAGAUAUGUGCGUGCCUGAGGAACAUGAGGGGUCAGGGAACCCUGACAGAGAAGGAAACGCUUCUGGUUUUGCAUGUGUACAUGCAGUUGAAAUUGGCACACUUGGAGAACCGGAGGAAGUCCAAGGGCAAGCGCUCGAAUGGCCAGGUCGAUGAACGUGCUGCUAAGCAGUUGGGGGUUGGCCUCAGCACUGUGCGUCGGAAGUAUGCAAUGCUCAACAAGCUGUUGCAAGAGCACGGCAUAGAUGGCCUUAAGACACUUUCUGUUGAGAACCGCCGUGGGAAGGCGACACAGCUGCCGACACGUGUGCCCACGACAAAACGUGUGCUCAGGCAGGUUCGCGAUCACGUGCGCAUGCAGAGAGAAGGUGGACACCGCAUCACGGCCGUACAGGUGCUUGACUUCCUACGCAAGCACAGGCAUGUGGACGUACGACCUUCGUUUGCUGGCGAUGGUGACGACGAACUGGACAGGGCGGCGGCUCUGCGGGCAGUGCAGCGGUUUCUUCGUCGUGCGGGCUACCUUCGCGGCAACAAGCACGUUGUUCAAGAGAACCCGAGGCACAAGCAGCUGCUGGCGAAGUAUCUGAAGGAGUUUGAUGCAAACAGGAGGUUGCCACCUGACGAGCGCCUCAGAGAGGUGUAUCUCGAUGAAUCAUACAUUGACAGGAACUACAACAGGAACAGAGACUCCCUGUAUGACCCCAACGACGGUCAAGACAUGCACAGUCAUCGCAAGAUCAAGCGGGGUCGGCGCUACUGCUUUGCCCUCGCAGUUCAGGGCCCGGAUCCGCGCGUGUGCACCCGCCAGCGCCAUCAGCUCGCAAGCACCCUUGCCAAGCUUCCACCUUCCAGCUCUGCCAAUGCCAAGAAUGAAAGCAAUAGCAACACCGCGCAGGUGCAACUCGUGGACCCUGCCGUGCGCAUCCUUCAGACGUCGCAAGAUCAUGUCCGCCUGGCAUUCAGCCUCGUCGUUGCGCCCGCGCUCCUCGCACUCACAAACAGCACCUCGCUGCCCGCCGUGGUCCUAUGCGAUCCUACCUCUGGUGCGCGCAGUCUCAGGACAUCCGGGCUGCCCUCCUCCAUCCAGAAGCGGUACUUGGAUCCACCGCCAGCGCCACUGCACCGCACCCAUCUGUUGUUGCCGUGACGCAACGCAAACUAGAAGCAGGAGGAGGCAGAGGCAGCAUAACUGUUCGCCUCAAUCUGUCACGUACAGGCGUAUUGGCCCUCACUGGAGGUGGCGCUGUCCUCGUGCGUGUGCACGCAUCAGCUGGCUGUUGGGGCGCGUCACCUGUUGUUGCCCAGGCAGCGUCCGCCUUUCGCGCCUUCUUUGGUGUUGCUGCAUGGACAGACUUGACGCCGCAGCAACGCAGGCGCCGUGUCAUGAGCGACCUCCCUCCCCCUCUGCAAAAUAUCACAGGCACAACAGACGCUGACGUGUGCUCGCACACCGCAACCGCCAUGCUGUCAUCUGCAACACCAGCUGUUACCCUGUACCUCCACCUUGAGCGGUGGCGGUCACAUCAACAACGUGUGCAGUUCGUCACCAUUGACACCAACGUGUCAUCCCUUUCCCCCGCAACACCACCAUCGCCGCUCUCCAUCGCUCAUGUGACCCUUCUCGAUAUCCUGUCUCAUGAAGCAGCAGCAGCACCCAGACCAAAUGCUGGUUCAGCUUCACCAACACUGGUACAGCUUGGCGGCGCAGCAGCGCGUUCCGCUCCGCUGUUUGUCGCACGCCAACAGACUCAGCCACUGGUUCCACUGCACUUUCACGCGCAUGUGCUGGGGUCACCAUACGUCCAGUCCAUCAGCAGCAU